GCGAACUGGCGAGGGGUCGUAGAAUAGAGCCGUCAGCUUAGCGGUUGCAAAUGGCGACAGCCACAAAAUCUCUGCCAGUGAUUCGCGUAUAAUUCUCACUUCAAAUAUAUCUGUGACUCCGCCACCCGCACGGUUAUCCCUCGGUUAUAUUGGUUGUCUGAGCGAUAAGAGGCAAAGAUGCCAGCCGUGCGAGGAGAUGGCAUGCGAGGGCUCGCUGUGUUCAUCUCGGACAUUAGAAAUUGUAAAAGCAAGGAGGCAGAAAUCAAGAGAAUAAAUAAGGAGUUGGCAAAUAUUCGAAGCAAAUUCAAAGGCGAUAAAACGCUGGAUGGUUAUCAGAAAAAAAAAUAUGUAUGCAAGUUACUGUUCAUUUUUCUGCUGGGUCAUGACAUUGAUUUCGGUCACAUGGAAGCUGUGAAUCUUCUUUCAUCAAAUAAAUACUCAGAAAAACAGAUUGGAUAUCUUUUCAUAUCUGUACUUGUAAACACCAACAGCGAUCUCAUUAAAUUAAUUAUUCAAAGUAUCAAAAAUGAUCUUGCAUCAAGGAAUCCUAUUCAUGUAAAUCUUGCUCUACAAUGUAUUGCUAAUAUCGGAAGUAAAGAAAUGGCAGAGGCUUUUGGAAAUGAAAUACCGAAGCUACUUGUAUCAGGAGACACUAUGGAUGUAGUGAAACAGAGCGCAGCUCUUUGUUUACUGAGAUUGCUCAGGACUGCACCAGAAGUGGUUCCAGGUGGAGAGUGGACUUCUCGAAUAGUUCAUCUUCUAAAUGAUCAGCAUCUUGGAGUUGUGACAGCAGCUGCAUCCCUUAUUGAUGCCUUGGUUAAACGAAAUCCUGAUGAAUAUAAGGGCUGCGUCAGUCUUGCCGUUUCUAGACUAAGUCGGAUUGUAACAUCUAGCUACACAGAUUUGCAGGACUACACUUACUACUUUGUCCCUGCUCCAUGGCUUUCGGUAAAAUUGUUACGUUUGCUAAAAAAUUAUACUCCACCAGCUGAGGAUCCGGGAGUACGUGGCAGAUUAAAUGAAUGCCUCGAAACAAUUUUGAACAAGGCUCCGGAAGCACCUAAGACGAAAAAAGUACAGCAUUCUAAUGCAAAGAACGCAGUUCUCUUUGAAGCGAUUAGUUUAAUUAUUCAUAAUGACAGUGAGCCAAAUUUACUAGUCCGUGCUUGCAACCAGCUGGGUCAAUUUUUAUCGAAUCGUGAGACUAAUCUACGAUAUUUGGCACUGGAGUCAAUGUGCCACCUUGCUACAUCAGAAUUCUCUCACGAAGCUGUGAAGAAGCAUCAAGAAGUUGUCAUACUUUCUAUGAAAAUGGAAAAGGAUGUUUCCGUUAGACAACAAGCAGUCGACUUACUGUAUGCUAUGUGCGAUAAAAGUAAUGCUGAAGAAAUCGUUCAGGAAAUGUUGAAUUAUCUCGAAACUGCAGAUUAUUCAAUCCGAGAAGAAAUGGUAUUAAAAGUAGCUAUUUUAGCUGAAAAAUAUGCAACUGAUUACACAUGGUAUGUCGAUGUGAUCUUAAAUUUGAUCAGGAUAGCUGGUGAUUAUGUAUCAGAGGAAGUCUGGUACAGAGUUAUUCAAAUUGUUAUCAAUCGAGAUGACGUUCAGGGAUAUGCCGCUAAAACCGUUUUUGAGGCCCUACAAGCUCCGGCAUGUCACGAAAAUAUGGUCAAAGUAGGAGGCUAUAUACUUGGUGAAUUCGGUAAUCUGAUUGCUGGGGAUCAACGAUCAUCUCCUCUAGUACAGUUUCAACUUUUACAUUCCAAAUAUCAUCUAUGUUCUCCAAUGACAAGAGCACUAUUGCUUUCGACUUACAUCAAGUUUGUUAACCUGUUCCCUGAAAUUCGUAGUCAAAUUCAAGAAGUCUUCAAGCAACAUAGUAAUCUCCGCAGCGCUGAUGCCGAACUGCAACAAAGAGCUUCUGAGUACUUACAGCUAAGCAUUAUUGCAUCCACGGACGUCCUUGCUACUGUUCUAGAAGAAAUGCCAGCAUUCCCUGAACGAGAAUCGUCAAUUUUAGCGGUGUUGAAAAAAAAGAAACCAGGCAGAGUUCCAGAAAAUGAAAUCAGGGAAAGCAAAAGUCCAGCUCCAAAUUCAAAUCAUCAUACAGAUGCACCUUCAGCAAUCUCUGCGUCUGCGGUGAGCAACAAUAACUCUGCAGAUUUGUUGGGUUUAUCUACUCCACCGUCUUCUCAACCGACCAGCAACACUGGUGUUCUCCUUGACGUUCUUGGUGACAUUUAUAGCGGAGCUCCGAAUAAUGUCGCGGCUACUAAUGGUGCACAAAACACUUAUAAUCCUAAAAAAUUUGUCUGUAAAAAUAAUGGAGUCCUAUUUGAAAAUGAUCUGAUUCAAAUUGGUGUAAAGUCAGAGUUCCGGCAAAACCUUGGACGCAUUGGAUUAUUUUAUGGGAACAAAACACAGUUUGCGUUGCAAAACUUCAACCCUCAAUUAUCCUGGUCAGACGAAGACGAGGCAAAGCUUUCUGUCCAAGUUAAACCUGUAGAUGCAGUCCUAGAAGCAGGGGCACAAAUACAACAGAUGAUUAAUGCUGAAUGUAUCGACGAUUACAAUGAUGCCCCUAGCAUGAUAAUUUCCUUCAUGUAUAAUAACGUGCCUCAGAAGAUAACUAUGAAGCUACCUUUGACAAUCAACAAAUUUUUCGAGCCGACAGAAAUGAAUGGCGAGUCAUUCUUUGCAAGGUGGAAAAAUCUCGGGGGAGCAAACCAACAGCGUUCACAGAAAAUAUUCAAAGCCCAACAACCUAUGGAUUUGGCGCAGGUUCGCACAAAGCUGCAAGGAUUUGGAAUGCAACUAUUAGAUGGGAUUGAUCCAAAUCCUGAUAACUUCGUAUGUGCAGGAAUUGUACACAUGCGUGCUCAGCAAAUUGGAUGUCUUCUACGUCUUGAACCAAACAAGCAAGCUCAGAUGUUCCGGUUGACAGUGCGUUCCAGUAAAGAAACCAUGUCCAUAGAGAUCUGUGAUCUGCUGGUGGAUCAAUUCUAAUCAACCAAACCCCAGGCUUGUAUAUCUUACCUAUCUACAGAGUCAGAGCAGCAGGAGAGGGCCACUUUGAUCUAUACUCAUUAUUCGUUAACAAUUCAUUAGAUCUAGCGGUCAUUUUCCCUUUGUUCAGUCUACUUUGAUUGAACAAGAAUGCGUUGUUCCCAAUUUCACACUCACAAUCUUAUCGCUAAGCGUCGUUUGAUGUUAUCGAUAUUAUCGCGAAAUAGAAAGCAGUGUUACUUUGUGAAAUAUUUCGAAGUUAUUCGACAAAAAAAAAUGUGAAAAUUGUUUUUAUGAUCGGCAGUAUUAAUUUUUCAUUAGGGAAAAAUCUGAUGCAAAGCUUGGAAUAGUAGCUGAAUUCGAAGUAUAGUUCAUACAAUGUUGAUCAAUUCACAUCAGUUGUAAUUCUUUAGUUUAAUUUAUGCGAGGCGCGAACGUGGAUUUUGGGGGCAACCUUAGCUGUACGAUAUAAUUUACCUUAAUCCACCUUUAAGGAAGCUCAAAUGAUUUCUUAUAAUUUGCUGCUUUGAGGCGCCUCUUUUUUUACCAACCCAUCAAUCAGCUAAUUCACGUUAAUGGGUGAAUCCAUGGCUGGUAAGCUAGGCUAAAAAGUGAAAGAAAAAUUCUUAAUCGAUGUUUGAGUAGGGUGAGAUUUCAGAAUAUUUCAUUUUCAUUGAUAUGUUUUUCCGCAAGCCCUGAUGUAUUCAUUAUUUUGCACAUUGUGAAAGUGAUUGAGACGAGAAACAGGCAGAUUUUUUUAUAACGUUGCUAAAAUAAUGGGUUGCAGAUUAGAUUGUUACUUUUUUUUUCAAGUAAUAUUGAUUGACAGCCAACAGUUAUCGUGUGGAUAGAAAAUCGGAGAAUUGUAAAAUUGAAUUGAAUUGUAAAAUUGAAUUGAAUUGUAAAUAAGCUUUUGAAUUAACUAGCUUCUACACAAGAUCAGCCAAAGAAGAAGAUUGCAGUUCUUUCAGCCAUGAGAAUUCCAAUCCCAUCCUAAUUGUAACAUCAAUUUAUGAUCUUGUUACUUAGCUCUUUAUUCCCUAGAUAGCAACGGAAUAUGUUAAUCAAGAUGUAUAUUUUUUUCUUGAAUGUAUGGUAGUGUAAAUUUUUACUUUGCUUUUUUUUUAUCUAUGUUAUCCGUUUAAUACUUGGUCGGGUCAUGGUCAAGUAUAUGGUUACAUCACGGAAAUGUUGGAAUCCAUCUAUGCGCUUAUGAUAAUGUAUAUAUUUGCAAGAGUUUUGGAAUUUGAAAAUUUCUAUUUCUUCUUAGCAAGAUAAACGGGCUUCAUUCAAGCUUGGGUGGAGUAGAGUGAUCAUUAUUCGUAACUCGCCAGUGUCUAUUUUGAAUCACAAAAAUAAAGCUCCCAAUAAAAUAGAAUCUUGUUCUAAUCAAUCGAUGAUAUUAGGGUCCAUCUUUGACUGGCUAGAAAUAGGAAAUAUUGAAUCUCAGAUGACCCAUCGCGUGUCAUUGUUUGAAAUUAACCAUUGACUCUGUAUCAAGUCCAACACCAGUCAUGGAUUUGGAAGAAAUGACGUUAUCAAAUAACUCUACCAGAUAAUUGAAAAAUGAGCCAUUUUUUCCGUACUAGUUUGUACAUGUUUAUUGUACAAAAAAAGUCUCUACCUGUAAACAUAGCUAAUUAAUUUAUAGUUAUUUAGCUCGGUCACAGUUGUAUACGUUGUGGUCUUACAUAAUUAAAAUUAUUAUAUUACAUCAGUGUCAAUCAUAAUAGCAUGUUGUUUUCAACGCUGCGAAGUUUAUUUUCAAAUCUAGAGAAAUCUCUGGUCUAGAAUCGACUGCGCAGAAAUUUCUGUAAUAUUGAAUUAUUUUGUAUUGUUUAGAUCUAUGUACAUGUUUGUAAGACAUCAUUGAUUUAUAUUAUUAAACAAUAUAACAUCUCGUACAAAGUGUGUGUUGAUUAAUUUUUGCUUCAUUUAACAGCAUGGAUUCGGUGCUUACAGAAGUUUGUCGUUCUCUCAUAUCUAGCGUUUCUUUCACUCUCUACUCGAGCUAUUCUUCAGAUCUUUCAGUAUACAUAGAAUUUGUGCAUUUGAAAACAGUUUGUAACAAUCUCUUCGAAGCAAACAUAUCAGAUUAUCUUCAACAUUGUUAGAAGAGCAGCUUGUAUUUGAAGAAAUUUAUUUUCUGUUCGUAUCGAAUCCAUGUAAUACAUUUUGGCAGAUUGCUAUAAGGACAAUACUAAAUGUUUCGACGUCUAGUUGUUACAAUAACAGCUGCGCAACUUGACAUUACAUUAGCUGUAACCAGAGAGAGCAAGUGGGUUAAAUUGGGUCCAGAAAUUAAAAUCUACGUACGCAUAUUUUGCCAAUAAACAACUUAUUCAAUCACCUAUUCUUAAGAACAACGCACUCAUCAUUGUAAUAUCUGUAUUUCACAACUAAACAAUGAGAAUAUUUUAUUACGAUCGAAACUUGGCAAGCUGCUUGUCAUCAGCAUAUUCUGCAUUGAAAUGACUGCCAGAAAUAAUGUGAAAGUUCUAAUUUUGUGCUGUUGAUAAAAAGCCCAAUGUACACUUUAUCUAUAAAUACUCAUUGCUUGUUGGUGUAUGAUAAGUAUAUUUGACUUCGCAUAGAAAACGCAUUGAAAGUAAUUAUGGAUUGACAAUAGUUUGUUGUAUAAUGUUGAAAAAGAUGGUAAAUAUACAAAUAGCAUUAAUCAUACGAUGGCAUAUAUUUAUAAAGUAGUUAUAAAUAUUACGAAUUAAUAAUCAUAUGCUCUGGGCAGAAUUUAAAAGUUACUCGGCAAUUUUCUAUGUUAUAUUAUAUGUAUAAGAUUAAUAGAUUCUUAGCCGGAAACCUGCGGUAGUAUAAUACAAUAACAAUAACGAUCUUGCCCCAUGCAGCAACUUGCGUUAUUUUCUAUCUUCGGUUAUAGUGAGAAUUUACCGAUCGAAUCGCAUUCCAUCUAUAAUUACGUAACUGUGUUUAAUGUAGAUUUCAAUCUAUUGCAAGAAUUGUAUAUUUUGGCGGUGAGAUCUUGAUGCCCAUAAAGUCGUUAUAAACAAGUGUAAAAAUGACACGAAUUUAUUGUGGAGUUGGGUGUUUUUAACAAUUUAAUUUCAAUUUUCUACCUAAAACUCAUGAUAGGUAUGAUACAGAUGAUACCAAAUGCGUAUACAAAUGUUGUGGUGUAAUUAAAAUAUAUUAGUCCAGUAAAACGAAUCAAAUUGAUAUAAAUAAAAUGUAAGGAGUAAUAUAUCGGUAUUAAAUGAUAAAUUAAGCAUCGAUUACAUUGGAGCACUAACGUCGCUCCAAAGAAUUAUCGAAUUACAAUUAUAAGUAUUUAUCUUAGCACUAAUCGCGAUGAGCUGAACAAUUUUUUCAAUCUACAUUUAAGUAGAUCCCAUCUUAGAUGCAUACUCUGUCCAAGGAUCAAAUAAAAUAAAAUGACAAAAUUAUAAAUAUAAGAAGCUGCUGCAAUCGCAAUUGUGAAGCAUGCGGUUUUUCAGGUAAUACACCGUGGGUAUGAGCAUGAAAAAAUGAAAAUACUAAUUAAAUUCAUUUGAAACUAGUUUACAAAAAAUUGAACGAAUUUACAAUAUAGUCGCUGAUAUUGUAUAUUAUUAAUUAUUGUAUCCGAACAUAAAAUGAAACUAAUUCCGAGGCUUUUUUUAUAGGAGUUGAUCGAGACAUUACGUCGUGUAUAUUUUACAACCUGCAGAUUACAUUUCUCGCACUUGUUAAAACGUGUGCAAAUGUUCUUCAUAAUGACUUUCGCGUCUAAUUUCUUUUACUAAAAUUGUAACCCUUCCCUUUUACAAUAAUUGCAAUAGUGUGCUGUUUCUGCGGAUAUGUACCUAGAAAUUAGGAUUCUCUGUUGUACCUAAUGACGCCGCAUUAUUUCGUUACUGUAGAUAUAAUAAAUAUUAACGCGAGUUUAUCGACAUGUUUCUGUACACGCGAUUGUAUACAUGACUGUCUGUAUGGAUAUAAUGGAUAUUAUUAUAUAAAAUGAGUAUACACACACGUAAUAUGUAGUUUAGAGAUGAGCUUAGCACAUAUGUAUAGGAACCAUCGAGAUAUACAGACACACAAAUUGAAAUAUUGAUAUAAUUGUUACAUGAACGUGCAGUCAGAAUCGUGUGCUAUAUUACGUAUUAUACAUUAUUAUGAAUAACAAUUAAAAACCUACUGUAAUCAAUAAUUAAAUAAACAUAUACACUGCUGUUUAA